UGUGUCACGGUCUAGUGAUUUCAUCGUAUUAUGUUUUUACAAAGCGUAAGUUACGUAUAUACAUAAGCAAGCGCUGUGAAACUUUUUAAGUCAGAAAAAUGGCAGGUUAUAUCAUAGUGGAUGUGAAAACAAAGAAAACCGUCGCAAUAUGCGCUGCAAUUGGAGUUGGAGUAUUCGUGAUCGGAAUUUUAAUCGGAUUCUUUUCCGGAAAAGGGCAUGGUUCGAAUUCUGCCGCAAUAUCUCAAAGUGACCAGCCAACAGCUGCAGAGGAACUCCUUGCUGAAUGCACAUGGUCACUGGCUGAAUCGUCGAGCGGUUUGCGAUUCGUGGAGAGAUACAUCGAACGUCACUCGGAGAAAAACAUUUGCGUGGAAAAUUCGGAGCAAUGUAUGGACCUGGCACUGCCAAGACACUAUAUCGCGUAUCAUUUAAACACGGCAGACAUUACUAUAGAUGGGAAACUAGACGAGAAAGCAUGGGACGAGGUCGAGUGGAGCGAGAACUUUGUCGAUAUGAGAAGUGUGGUUUACCCAGAUCCUUAUUAUACAACGAAAUUCAAAAUGCGAUGGGACAACGACCGGCUAUAUGUGGGGGCUGUAUUGCAAGAGAGGGACUUCUGGGCGACAAAUACGAAGCAUGAUAGCAAUAUAUGGCAAGAAAAUGGGUUCGAGAUGUUGGUGGACGUUGAUGGGACAAUGUUCAACUACAAGCAGAUGCAGAUAAAUGUUUUGGGAACCAUGAUGGACCAGGUUCUAUUCAAGUCUCCCUAUGAUCAGAUUGGGAAUGAAAGUAUAAGGGAGAAAGAAUGGCAUCCUGAUGCACGAAAGGAGGUAUAUGUAGAUGGCACGGUGAAUAAACCUGGUGACAUAGAUAAAUACUGGUCAGUGGAAAUGGCUCUAUCAUUCGAUAACCUCAAGGAUCAUUCAGAACGCGUUCAACCAAAUCCUAUAGAUGAUGAGGUUUGUUUUGUUCAGUUUGGUCGAUCAGAGCAACAUUUAGAGAAUGUUAACGGCGAAUAUCGCAAAAAGAAGAACUCGACGACCGACUGGUGGGCAUGGCAGCCGUGCGACGCCAUUAAUUUGCAUCUCCAGGACAGGUGGGGGUUGGUUCAAUUCAAGAGAACAUUGGCAGAUAAUGAAUUUAAAUUUACCAAAUGGCAUAUUUACAAAUCACUUUUUGAUAUGAUGAAUGGUAUGAAGAAAUACAAAGCUUUGCAUGGUCGUUAUGUAAACACAAUCGAAGAGCUAGACAUCCCGCCAUAUUUGUUAUCCCGGAACUGCGUUGAUAUACCGGAAAUCCGGAUAGAGGACAGGAAUGGAACGAAGGGAUUUGAUAUUACAGUGAAGUCAAUGUUUCUGUCCCACAAGCCCGCCCAUAUAAGGGAAGAUAGAUAUGUCUAUUUCAAAUGAAUAUACAAACAAAUUUCAUCUUGAAAUACAAGACUAGCAUGUGCUAUGAAAUUGUGAUUAUAUGUGAUUAUUUUAUAUAAAAUCUUCAAAUCAUUA